AAGCUGUACACAGACACGCAAUAAUGGCGGCUUCCGAUAUAAACGUGGAAAGUGUAAUAGGACAAUUAGAUAGCUGUCUAUCAAAGCAAGGAUUUGAAGUCUACCCUCUUAAGGUUGGUUGGUAUAACUCUGUGCUGCCUCCCUCCCUGCACCUGUCUUACCCGGAUGACUGCUUGGCUGUUGUAGUCCUCAGCACUCCUGCUAUGUUUGAACAAGCCUUCCUGCCCUUCAUGGAGCAGAAGGGCUGCCAAAGGGUGUCUGACCCUAUAGACCAAUGUGUCAGACACUGUGUCACCUCUGUUGUCUCGCAGUGUUUUCCAGGUCAAAAGGUAGAUGUGAGGUACGACUAUGAGCUGCUGCCCAGCAGGAAACCAAAGUUCUUAGCGCAGACUGCUGCACACGUCUCUGGAGCGGCGUUUUAUUACCAACAGUCUGAUGUCACAGACCAGCCCUGGGCAGGAAAAAAAAUGUUUGGCGUGUGCGUGCACCCAAAGUUUGGCGGCUGGUUUGCUAUCAGAGCUCUGCUGGUGUUUGGGGACGUGAUGGUGGGCUCUGAGCUGGUGCAGCCGGUUCUUCCUGAUUGUGUGCCUUCCAGGGAGGACAGGAUCCAGCUCCUGGAGGCUUUUAACUUUCACUGGCAGGACUGGAGCUACAGAGAUAUUGUCCAUCCAAUCCAGACCUACUCUCAGAAACAGAAAGACUACUUCUCCACUCCCCCAGCUCAGCGUUUUGCUCUGCUUAAGACUUGGGGCUUCCUGCUUAGUGAAGAUGAUGAAGCUGAUCCCACCUCAGAUGCUCAGAAUCAGAUGAACGGACACGGCUGAGAGAAGAGGAGCUGAGAUGUGGACCUGCUUUCCAUCCUGUUAUCAGCUUCAGCGUCUGCUGCCUUAAGGACUUUUGGCUAUUUUUUUAAGGCUGGUGUUAGUACUUAAACUUUAUUAAUUGUCUGGUGAAAGUUGUUUUAAACUAAUGUGGGAACGUAAUGUAUUUGGAUGCUAUGAUAUUUUUCAUCAGAUCUUGACACUACUUUAAAACUCCCUCUUUCAAUUGUCUAAAUAAUAAGUAGCUGCUUGGUGGCUUUUUAAAAGUUCAAACUUGCGUUUGAGUAAAAAGCUUUAAAGAAUUUGGAUAAUUUUGUACUUUGUUCUACAGCAUCAGUACCUCUACUGAUGUUGGAUAAUGGAGGGCGCAUAUUAUUUACUGAAUGGUUUCUAUAAACACUUUAUCUUGUUUAUCAAAGUCUGUUGUAUUUUGAAGAGCAAUGUACUGUCUCUGUGUUUUACCACAGAAAAUACAGACUUUAGAUUUCUAAGUAGAAAAGAGACCUUCGGAUGAUCUGAUAUCAACACACAAUUCAAGAAUCAAUGUCGAUUACGAAAAGACUUAUUUUCUUUUUAAUAUAUUUUUUCAGGAGAUGGAAUUACAGUUAUAAUAGUAUUGAA